ACUGUUGAAAGCUGGAGUUCAGUCAGGAGAUGUCCUCGUCUACCACACGGGGUCCUCAUUUCCAAAACAAACAAGAUGGCGGCGCGCAUGGGAUCGUCUCUCCUUCAGCUAUUACGGACCAGAAAUCUGACUCAAAUUCGGGUUCCGGACACAUCGUGGGCCUCUUACUACACAGAAACCCGGGGCCAAGCGUUCAGAAAACUGCAGGCUGUGACCCGGAGCACGCUUGUGUCCAGGAGAGCCUUGUCCAUUGAAACACAGGACACACCAAACCCUCGGAGCCUGAAGUUUCUGCCUGGGAAAGCCGUACUUGGGAGUGGGACACUGGAUUUCCCCUCUCCGAGCUCAGCAGAAUGCUCCACUUUAGCCAGGAAUUUGUUUGAUAUUGAAGGAGUAAAAAGUGUGUUCUUUGGCCCAGACUUCAUAACACUAACAAAGAGCGAUGAGGAGGUGGAGUGGACACACAUCAAACGCGACGCCAUGGAAACCAUUACGAAGUUUUAUGAAAGUGGUGAUCCUGUGACAACUGGUGCAAUACAUCAUGAAAGCAGUCAUUGUGAAGAUGACGAUGAUAUAGUCUCACUCAUAAAAGAACUCCUGGACACCAGAAUCAGGCCAACCGUGCAGGAGGACGGAGGUGAUGUCAUCUUUAAAGGCUUUGAGGACGGAGUGGUGAAGUUAAAGCUGGUUGGUUCCUGCACUGGUUGUCCAAGUUCAACAGUUACUUUACGAAGUGGCAUUCAAAACAUGAUGCAAUUUUAUAUCCCGGAGGUUGACAAAGUGGAACAGGUUGAAGAUGAAGUUGAUGAAGUCAAUGCAAAGGUUUUUGAAGAGGUUGAACGUAAACUACAAGAAUAAACAAAGAAAUGUCUCCAUAAAAACAAAAGUGUAAAUACCACAUUGCAUAGUACUGAGUGCAUUUGUUCUGUGCUUAUUUAUAACACAUCUUUGACUGUAUAUGUGCAUUUUAACAGAAGGCUGUACUGUAAAGUUUUACGGUUGUGUGUAAAAACUGUUUUCAUGUUCAACAUUAAGAAAGCAGGAUUCCUGUAUGAAACAACUCUAUUAUAAAAUCAUUUGGUAAUAUAUAUGACACAAAUAAGUGUU